AUGUCAACUACUACUAGAACUCUUCAAGCUAUAAAGUUUGAUAGAGAUAAUAUCAAAUUGGAAAUUCUUGAUCAAUUACUCUUACCUUAUUCGACAAGUUAUAUCCCCAUCAACAACAUCGAAGAUGCCUUUAAAGCCAUUAAAUUAAUGCAAGUUAGAGGUGCUCCUGCCAUUGCCAUUGUUGGUGCAUUUUCUGUUGUGGUUGAAGUUUCCAAUUAUUUAAAACAAUCAGAUUCGAAUCAAAAAACUAUUAAAAACUUGAAUGAUUCUUUGAAUUAUUUAAUUACUUCUAGACCAACAGCAGUGAAUCUUGCUAAUGCCUUAAAUGACAUUAAACAAUUAUUACAAAAAUAUAACGAAACUGAUAUCAUUGGUGAAAAAAUAUAUCAACAAAUAUAUGAUUAUGCCAUCACUUUAUACGAUGAAGAUUUAGCCAAUAAUAAAAAGAUUGGUGAAAAUGGAUUAAAAUAUAUUAUUGAUACUUUAACAGAACAAAAUUUCAAAGGACCAUUUUCCAUAAUGACUAUUUGUAAUACUGGUUCAUUAGCCACAUCAGGUCAUGGUACCGCAUUAGGGAUUAUUCGUUCAACUUAUCAAGCUUUACAAAAAAAUAAUUCUAAACAAGAUUUUUGGUUAGAUCAUAUUUAUCCAUGUGAAACUAGACCUUAUAAUCAAGGAGCUAAAUUAACUACUUAUGAAUUAGAUUAUGAACAAAUCCCAUUCACGUUGAUUUGUGAUAAUAUGGUUUCUUCAUUGAUCAAUACUUUAAGUGAUGAUAAUAAAAAACCUAUUAAGAUUGAUCAAUCUGCCCCUGUGAAAUUCAUUAUUGUUGGCGCUGAUAGAAUUGUGGAAAAUGGUGAUACAGCAAAUAAAAUCGGGACAUUUCAAUUAUCAACUAUUGCAAAUUUUUUUAAUACCAAUAGAUUUAACACCACCGCAACAGCAACAAAUAAACAAAUUAAGUUUAUUGUUGCGGCUCCGAAAACUACUAUUGAUUUGAACACUAAAACUGGUGAUGAUAUUGUUAUUGAGGAAAGACCAGCUAAUGAAUUGACAACUUUAGUUGGUCCAUUGUUAAAUGAAUCAGGAAAAGUGGGUGAAAAAUUAACUGUGGGAAUUGCUACGCCUGGAAUAUCUGUUUGGAAUCCAGCAUUUGAUGUCACUCCUCAUGAAUUGAUUGAUAGCAUUGUUACAGAAGAUCCUCAUGUUUUUACCAAAGAUAAAAACGGGGAAUUUAAUUUGAUUAAAUAG